AUGUUGAAUUCAGAUACCAAUAGAUUAAAAUACAUAUUGUAGCUCUAAAAAAACCCAAAGAAUAUUAGAAACAUAUCUAUCGUCGCUCACGUUGAUCAUGGGAAAACUACAUUGUCAGAUUCUCUAAUUUCAUCUAACAAUAUCUUCUCCAAGCAAUUAGUAGGAGAGCUGCAUUAUUUAGACUCAAGAGAAGAUGAAUAGUAAAGAGGUAUUACAAUGAAAUCAUCAGCAAUUUCUCUUAUCUAUAGAUAGCAACAAGAAGAUUUCUUAAUUAAUUUGAUUGAUUCACCAGGUCACGUAGAAUUUUCUUCUGAAGUCAGUAGUGCUUUGAGAUUAACUGAUGGAGCACUAGUAGUAGUUGAUGCUUUGGAAGGUGUGUCUGCAUAAACCUAUACAGUAUUAAAAUAGUGCUAUGAUGAAAAGGUUAAAUCUGUUCUGGUCUUAAAUAAAAUUGACAAGUUAAAAUAUGAGUUGUACCAGACUCCUGAAGAAACAUAUUAGCAUUUAUAAAUGAUUAUUGAAUAAGUUAAUGCCGUUAUUAGUUCUUUCAUUAACUAAGAAAAAGAAAAGGCUCUUACAGUUGCUCUAGAAAAUUAAAAAAGCAAUGACAUAGACUCAACUAAAAUUGAAGGAAAUGAUGAUGAUUUCUACAAAGAAGCAGAAGCAGCUUAUUUCUCACCCGAAAAAGGUAACAUCGUGUUUUGUUCUGCUCUUGAUUGUUGGUCAUUUAGACUUUCUGAUUUUGCUGAAAUUUUCGCAGAAAAGCUUGAAUUACCUAAAAAACUGUUAAAUAAGGUGCUUUGGGGUGAAUAUUACUACAACCCUAAAACUAAAAAAGUAACAAGAAACCCUCCAAACGAUAAGGCCAGACCUCUUUUUGAGAGCUUUAUUAUUAAAAACAUUUGGGCACUUUAUGAUUUAGUCCUUAACUAAGAAACUGAUAAGAUUAGUAAAUUCUGUUAAACUUUUAAGCUCAAGGAUUUAACUGACUCCAUGAAAACCAACAUGUCUAAAGACAUCAAAGAAAAAAAGAAAUGUGUUUCUUAUCUUAUGAGUUAAUGGUUACCAUUAGACAGGGCUAUUCUUGCUUGUGCAGUAGAGUGGUUGCCUUCACCUAUUUAAGGUCAAAAAGAUAGACUUAAAGUUAUCUCUAAAAAAUUGGCAUCAUAAAAAGAAAUGAAGAACUGUUAAGAAUAUGCUUUGAUGAGAAAGGCUAUAGAAGAAUGUGAUAACUCAGAAGAAGCGCCCGUUGUUGCUUUUAUUUGCAAAAUGGUUGCUGUCAACAAGGCUCAUUUUAAUGAAAGAAAUUUGCUUUCUUUGUAGGAAAUGUCUAAUGAUCCAUAAACUCGUUAUAUGGGUUUUGCCAGAUUAUAUAGUGGCUUAUUGAGAAGAGGAAAGACUAUUUAUAUUAUUGGUCCUAAAGCUCACCAAAACAAGGAAGGUUCUUAAAAUACUUAACAAAAUAGCAUAUUCCCUUUCACUGUUGAGAGAUUAUACACUAUGAUGGGACCUAAUUAAGAAGGUGUCAAGGAAGUUUUUGCUGGAAACGUUUUUUCAAUCGGAGGUUUGGAUGAUCUUGUUUUUAAAUCAGCCACUGUUUCCAGUUUUGAUUGCUGUCCCUCUUUAACUCCUAUAAAUCUUGGUGCUAAAGGUAUCCUUAAGGUAGCAUUGACUACUCAUAAUUUAGAUGAAAAUUCACUCUUAAUCGAAGGUUUAAAGAAAUUAAACAAGAGUGAUCCUUCAGUAGAAGUUUUCACAGAAAGUAAUGGUAAUAUUAUACUUUCUACAUGUGGUUAGGUACAUAUGGAAAGAUGCAUUAAUGACCUUGAAAAAACUAUGGCUAAAAUUAAAAUUAAAGUUUCAGAUCCUAUCAUUUCAUUUAAGGAGACAGUAAUAAGCAAGAACUUAAAGAAUAAGAGAGAAGCAAAGAAUGAAUAUUAAAAAGAAAGUGAAGAUGAAUAAGAAGAAGAUUUUGAAACUUUGUAGAGAUUGGCUAAAGAAAAAUUCUAAAAAGAAUGUGAAGAUGUUGAAAUUGUUGAUAUUUAAAAUGAAAAAGAUGAAGAUAUUAGAUAUGGUCUGCUUGACGAAGAAAAAGAGAAGGACAAAUUUAAAUAUAAAGUCGAAAAAUUAAUAAAAAAGAAAGACUUAACCAAUAAAGGUAAAGCUCUUGCUAUGUUAAGUAGAGUGAACAUAUUAGAUAUCAUAAAUAAAAAGAAUUACAUUUGUUAGUUGAUUCCUAACGGUAAAAUUAUGUUGAAAGUUAGAUGCAUAGGCAUGAAGUUUGAGUUAGCUGAAUGGCUUGAGAAAAACUCUAAAAAAAUGUAUAAAUUCUUCUUUGAUAUGAGCAAGAAAAGAGAGCCUUAAGAAAUACUUGAUUUCUUAAAAGAUUUUGAAGAUUAAGUGAAUGAAAUAGUAAAUGAAAAGAAAUUAAAAGAUCUGAUUAUGAACAAUCUUGUCUCCUUUGGUCCUAACAGAUAUGGCCCUAACAUGCUCAUAAUGAAUCACAUACAAAAGGAAGAGUCUCUCCUUGAAAAACUGAGAAAGAAAGCUACCUAAGCAUGUAUUGAAGAGUAAAACAAUCAAAACGGAGAGAAUGGAUAGUAGAAUGGUGAAAUUGGAGGAGACAAUCAAUAAAAAGAUGAAAAAAUCUCAAGCAUUAAUAAAAAGCUUAAUACUUUUAAGACAUGGUCAACAAUAGAAUAAUUAUACAAAGUUACUCCUGAAGAAAUAUAAAACUCAAUAGUUUAUGGUUUUGACACUGCUGUUUCAGCUGGUCCACUUUGUAUGGAAUAAAUGAUGGGUGUUAUAUAUAUCCUUGAAGAAAUUUAAGUGAUGGACGAUGAAAAAAAAGAAAACGAAAACUCUUCACCUGAAAAAGAAAGAAAAGAAGAAAACCAAAUUGCUUCUGAGAGAACUUUAGAUGAAAAAGAAGAAAUAGCUUCUGAUUCUACAAGUAAUGCAGCUCACAAAAUGCUUAAUUAGCCUUUUGGACCCUUAAACGGAUAAGUUAUAUCAACAAUGAAAGACUGCUGUUUUGAAUGUUUCUUAGGGGCAUAACCUCGUAUUGUUGAAGGUAUGUAUAUGUGUUAUGUACAAACACAUUAGGAAAAUUAUGGCAAAUCAUUCGAAGUGCUAAAUAAAAAGAGAGCCAAAAUCUUGGAAGAAGAGUUAUAAGAAAGUAGUAAUAUUUUCCUAAUUAAAGCUCAUCUUCCUAUCUCAGAGUCAUUUGAUUUUUACAAUCUAAUGUAAGAUAACACCUCCGGUAGAAUAAAUUCUUAGCUUAUUUUUGAUACCUGGAAAAUCCUCGAAAUAGAUCCUUUCUACGUCCCUCAAACUCAAGAAGAAAUUGAAGAACACGGAGCAACAGUUAAUGUACCUAAUUUUGCUAAGGAUCUAAUUGAAAAAAUCAGAAAGAGAAAGGGUUUAUCUACUGAAGAAAAAGUAGUUGUUGCAGCAGAAAAGCAAAGAAACCUUUCCAAAAAGAAAUGA